AUGCCUUCCUCGCCCGUCUACUUCAGCAUCCCCUCCGCCUCCCUCUACCAAUUCCCGCCGCGGAACGAUCCUCUCCCUCUCCCACCCCCACCUCCCCGCUCCUCCCUAUCCGCCCCUCCCUUCGAGAUCCCAUUGUCGCUGUACCGCAGUGUUCUCGAUGUCCGCGUCCCCAUCACCAUCGCCUGUCUGUACGCCGUGACCGUCACAUCCUUGAACCGUUACAACAAAUCGAGGGGAAACAAGCCAUGGCGGAUCAGCAGGACCCGCGCCUUCUACUGGUUCGUGGUGGCCCAUAACGUCCUCCUGGCCGUCUAUUCGGCAUGGACCUUUGUUGGCAUGUGGGGGGCGCUCAGGAGGACGGUCCAGAACCCAACCGGUCCGUCUGGCGUUGUGGCAACGGUCGACAGUCUGUGCAAGGUGCAUGGCAUUUCUGGUCUGGGCAAUGCUGUUACCUACAACCCUGAUCUCGCAGGAUGGGUAUCAGAAUCUCCCGCGAGGGUCCACCUAUCCGAGAUGGGGACCCCGGAUCCCACCGACCUGGGAAGAUUAUGGAAUGAGGGGUUGGCCUUCUACGGCUGGUUCUUCUACCUGAGCAAGUUCUACGAGGUGCUUGAUACGGCCAUCAUCUUGGCAAAGGGAAAGAAGAGCUCGACGCUGCAGACCUACCACCAUGCCGGGGCCAUGAUGUGCAUGUGGGCUGGGAUCCGUUUUAUGUCGGCUCCAAUCUGGGUGUUUACUUUUGUGAACUCGGGAAUCCAUGCGCUGAUGUACACAUACUACACACUGACUGCAUUCGCAGUCCCGAUCCCUCAGGCGCUCAAGCGUAGUCUCACUACCAUGCAAAUCCUCCAGUUCGUCAUUGGCGCCUCCUACGCCGCCAUCCACCUCUUCGUCACCUAUACAGUCCCCAUCCAGGUCCCAGAUGUCACGGCCUCCGUCGCGAGCGUUGCGUCUGCAGCCUCGACAGUAGUCUCAGCCGCAGCCGCGUCGGCAACGUCUGCCGGCGUCGCAGACCUUGUGAAGAAGUACCUCUUCCGCGCGGCGGGCGAGGAAGGACUGGCUGAAAAUGUCAACGCCCCCUCCGCAGCGCCGAGGGCCGUGCCCCAAUCUGUCGCCCCUGGGCAGCAGCAAUACCGCACGGAGUACCAGACCGUGCCCUGCAUCAACACGAGCGGCCAGACGUUCGCAAUCUGGCUGAACGUGCUCUACCUGGCUCCCCUGACGGUCCUGUUCGUGCGCUUCUUCAUCCGCAGCUACAUCAAGCGGACGUCUGGCAAGGGAGCGAACUACCCGGCGCAAGCGAACGCCGCGGAGAAGGCCGGCAUGGACGCCAUCAAAGGGGUGGAGCGGGAGUUAUACCCCAAUGGUGCAGCGAACGGGCAUGCUAAUGGCACGGCGAAGGCGAGGAUGAACGGGACGCACUAG